CCUAGUUUUGAAGGCUGUCCAGUGAAUAAACAAUGGUUUGUAUAAUUUCAAAAGUUGACCAUGAUUAGGCUGGCAUUCAUUAAGCAUGCUCAUUGUACAUCAAUCGUUGGUUAGCAUAUGCACCAAACAUGAGUUGGAUUAAGAAUAUAUCUUAUGAUUUGUUUCCUACGUUAUUAGACCAAGUCCAUAUUAUAAAGUCAAACCAAUCCAUAUUACUAUAAAAAUUUGUUCCAUAUACAAGUAAGAAAAAACCAACUUUAUUCAGAGAGAAAAAGUGAUGGAAAUGGAGAAGAGGUUGUAUGAAGCUGCUCUUGAAGGAAAUGUUUCAAGCUUGAAAGCAAUAAUCCAAGAAGACCCUUUAAUUCUUGAUAGAAUCUCUUCAACAUUCUAUCAAGAUACUCCUCUACACAUUGCAAUCCUACGUGGACACCUCGAGUUUGCAAGGGCGGUACUUAGUUCCAACCCAAGGCUUGCCACCGAGUGUGACUUGCUCGGCCACUUGCCCCUCCACGUCGCUUCCACCAAAGGACAUAUAGAGAUCAUCCAUGAGCUGGUACGCGUAAGUCUGAGUUCUUGCCUGGCUCGUAGCAAGGAUGGGAAGUUGCCCCUUCACUUGGCAAUAAGUAAAGGGGUUCGAGUUGAAGUGGUAAGGGAGUUGGCUCAAGCAUGUCCUGAGUCAAUGCAAUCAAGAGUGGAUAGAGGAGAUACUGUUUUGCACUUGUGCGUUAAGUAUGAAAACCUGGAUGCUAUUCAAGUAAUAUUGGAGGUGUUGAAUGGUGAAAAUGAUGGUAACAACUUAUUGAAUGUAAGAAAUGAAGAUGGCAAUACUAUCUUGCAUUUAGCUGCUCUUCAAAGGCAUUUGGAGGUAUUUCUGUUCCCUUAAAUCCUUGGUUUUUUUUAAUAAUAAUAAUAAUCUAGUCUUUUUAAAGAAAACUGUCUUAAUUUUUCCAAUAUUAUUUUAUUUCAACUUUAUUAUCCAUUACCAUCAAUCAUUCAAUCUCUUCUACUUAAUCAAAAUAUAUGAAGAUAGAUGCUUGUGGAUCUUAAAUUAUGGAUGUUGAUAAAGUACAAAAUUGGAACAAAUCUUACAAAUUGAUUUCGUUGACCAGACUGCCAAGUGACCUUUUAUCAUGAAAAUUUCAAAUUUUGUAGUGAGUUACCAUGUGAAUUACAUUUCUAAAUUAAUUAUUUGACUUGUAUCCAUAUCAUAAAUAGUUUUACAAGCUCUAUUACAGUUCAAUAAUAUAAUUUAAUAGUCAUAACCAUAGUUCGACUAUGAAUGCAAGGUCGUCAUGGCCUAUUAUAUAGAAAUUUAAGAGAAUAUGAAGUUUUGUAGCUCUUGUGAGAUCUUUUACAAGUUUUACCCAUGUUAAGCAUGCAGUCAUGAUUAUUAUUUCUUUG